AUGGAGUCCGUAAGGUCUCCCGCUGGCGACCCCAGACCUCGACUUGAUCAUGCUUGCGUCCGCUGCUCCGAACGUAAAGUCAAAUGCGACAGGCGACAACCGUGCGAAUCCUGUAUGAGACACAGCGCAGAAUGUAUAUUCCGACCGUUACCUCCACGCAAACGGAGGAAGAAGCGCACGACCGAAGAAGCUCUCAUUCAGCGUCUUCACAUGUACGAAGAGCUACUUGAAAAGAACGGUGUCGACGCCAACACGCUGGCAAUGUCAACGAGACCCAUGACUUCACCCCAAUCGAGUCACGAAAGUUUCAGAGUCAACCACCCUGCCGACUUGAAUUCUCCAGAUAUGAGAGCUCUCAGUCCAGAAAGGGGCAUUACGAAACCUCGUUUGUUGCAUGAGCAUGGCCGGUCCAAAUAUCUCAACAGUGGCCUCUGGACCAGAGUCAUGGAAGAAUUCCGUGAGCCGGGAGAUGCAUUAGGUGACUCAUCCGAUGAAGAUAGUGGACCAGGCGAACUAGCAGAUGCUGCUGCUGAUGUUAUUCUCGGAUCUCUUGGAACUCCAGCCAGCGUCGACGAACUACAUCCACCCGCCGACCAGAUCAUGGAGCUGUGGCAAAUUUACUUGAGAAACGUCAGUCCAGUCAUAAAGCUUCUUCACGCACCGACGACCGCGAGAGCCAUCCAAAAUGCCGUGGUGAACCCCGAGAAAAUAUCAAGAGCCUUUGAAGCCCUCCUAUUUGCCAUCUACAGCGCGGCGGUGAUGUCGCUGCGUGAUGAAGAGAGCAAACAACGAUUUGGCCAGACCCGCAAGCAUCUGCUCUCACGAUAUAUACGUGCCACGAAACUCGCACUGACACGCGCGAAGCUGAUGGGGACCUCGAAUCUAGUAGUCUUGCAAGCUUAUUUGCUGCACCUCGUAGCUGUACGAGAGUUUUACGACAGCCGAACUCUAUGGAACAUGCUAGGUGUGGCCGUCCGCAUAGGUGAAGGCAUGGGACUACAUCGAGAUGGAAGUGCGUUGGGCCUACCGCCUUUCGAUGCAGAAAUCCGACGUCGCAUCUGGUGGGAGAUGAGCUUACUCGAUGAUAGAUCCGGAGAUCUGAGCGGCUACGGUAGGGUUUUCGUCUUCGAGGGAAGCACCAACAUACCCAAAGCUCCUGCCAAUGUCGACGACGACAAACUCUUUCCAUCAAUGACCUCGAUGCCAGAGGAGUCUACCAAAGUCACAGAGUCUCUGUAUUGUGCCUUGCGAGCCGAGAUGUUUUCGUAUUGGAUCGUCUAUGUAAGUCAGAAGAGGAAAGAAAGAAUGUCUGGAGAUAUCGUUAGCAGGUUGGAGAGCCCGGACGUUUUGAAGGAGAGAGACAAGGCGGUUGAAGAUUUCGAGCAGAUGAUUGAGUCAAAGUACGUGCGAUACCUCGAUCCCUCGCAGCCGCUACAGUUAUUGAGCAUGCUCCUUGCUCGGUCUGUCGUGAGCAAGGCCCAGUUCAUGAUACACCACCCCAGAAGGUGGAGUGGUUCUCAGAACAUACCAGAGUCAGAACGGCAAUUUGUAUGGCAAGUGUCUGUCGGACUAUUACAACAGUACAACAUGAUGCGUUCAAACCCUUCACUGAAACGCUUCUCGUGGUACACGGCAUACUACUUCCCAUGGCAGACGUUCAUUUAUGUAUUGGACACGGUCCGAGUGACUCCCCUCAUGGCAGGUGCCUCAGACGUAUGGCAAAUCAUUGAAGAAACGAUUGAGAACUUCCCAGGUCUGAUCAUGAAGAUCAAAGAGAUGCCUUGCGUCGCAGUGAGUAAGCUGUGCUUGAAGGCGUAUGACGCAUACGUCGAAGGGUUGAAGAAGGAGGGCGGGUUUGUUCCCAGGACGCCGGCAUUUAUCAACAACAUUAAGCAGCAGCAAGAAAGGCUUCAGCGGCAAAAUGCUCUGCGGAAACGGCCGGGAGGACGCCGCGAGCCGGCCACCACCGAGUUUCCUACGCCCCAGAACAGCACGCAGGGCCCGGUACGAGAGACUGCAGCUCACUUCUCAAACCAAAAAGCUAUGCACAUACCGGCGGACACUCCGAGCGCCUGGUCCACUGGUGGUGUUGAGUCCGUUGCAGCAACCAUGUCAAUGGACGUGGAAGGAGGACUGGACGGCACAAUUCGGCUGGAUGAGGGCAACGGCAUCGACAUUUUCGCCGAUCAAGCGAUCGACUGGUCGCAAUGGGAUAAAAUCCUCGGAGAUCCAACUCUGAUGCCAAUGCCGAUCAUGACGGAUCCCCAGGAACGAGACUGGCCCCUUGGACAGAAUUUCAGGGAUGAUUCAGUAUGA